UAAGGGGAGACGUGGCAUGGAACCCAACAAGCAGGUUGAACGAAAUGAAUGGGAGGAAGGGGCUAAUUUAGUCCUCCCCCCCUCAGGGUCAGGGAGGGGAAGUCUUAGGCAAGAGAGGGGAUUUGGGUGUAAGCCAUGGGUUAAAUAUUUAGGCUGCCAGGUACUCAAUGAAGCCUGCAUGGAGCCCACCGGGACCACCCAGGCGCCACUCCGCAGGUUUGGCGCCUUGCCCGCUGCAUCCUGAAGCACAAGGGAGGGGCCUCAGCGGCACAGAGGCCACACUUGUGCCAGCCUUGGGAUGGACAGUGAGUCUGUGAGGGUGCAUGGUUUCCUUGCACUUUGAGGGGGCCCACCCCAAUGACAUCUUGAUGCUGGGGAGAAGAGUUUUGCUGGACCCCCUGGACCAGAGUGCUCUCUUGCCUGCCCUCAGAAGCCUGGAAACAUGGAAGCCCCCAAACGGUGUGCCCAGGAUCCUGGGGGGAACAUUUGAGUCCUUCGCGGGGGUCAAAACAACCCUCCUUAUCCCCUUUCUCCCAAGAGAAGGGGCCUGAAACUGUCGCGGCUUUCCUUCCCUUGAUAACAGGGCCUCCAUAAUCAAGGGACUGGGCCAGUCAGAGCCUAGGAGCCUGGGAGUUUUGGGGAGCGAGGGUGGUGGGUGGGCCCAAGACUUAAGCAGUCGCAGAGAUGGGGUGGAGGAGUCCGCGAGGGCAGAGAUUUGAGGGACCACCAGGUGGGGCCCGGGAAGCCAGGAACCCUGCGUCUGCUCUUCCGAACCCUUCACCCUUCGUGCAGGACCAGAGUCCCGGGCCUCUCCUCACUCCUGGAGGGGGCAGCGGAGGGCAGGAGACCGGCCGCGCCCUCGGAAGCGGGGCCAGGCUGUCGGCGGCAGGAGCCAGGCUCCGCUCCGCCCCUUGGGGCUCUACUCUGGGAAGGGCCUCGGAGGCUCCCGACGCAUUCCGGCGGCAGAGAGCGGAGCCGCCCAGCCUUCUCCUGGGAGCCGCGUUUCGAGCCCGCAGCUCGCGCCGCCGGCUCCCGGGGUGGCCGGAGCAGGGGCGCCGCCCUGGCCCCGCCCCAGCCCUCGGAGGAAAGGGGAUCGCUCCCUGCCGGUGGGAGGGGUCGCAGCCCGCGCUCCCCCUCCCCACCGUCAGCCCCGGGUUAAAUGCGGCCGCCGCCUCCGCUCGCUCCAGCUGCCUGGCAGUCCCCACCUCGGGCACGCUGCCGGCGCCGUUACCUGGUCCAAUUGCCCGAGAGGCUCCGCCCGUCGGCUCCGCUCUGCGGCCGUGCCUCCGAGCUGUCCGGCAGGCUCAGGUUUCGACACUUCCGUUCCCUGCCACCCAAGCACCAUGAGGGGCCUUCUCUGCUGGCCACUGCCCAUGUUGCUGUUUCUUCUCCAGCCCUGGGAAACCCAGCUCCAGUUGGCAGGUCCCAGGUGCCGGACGGGGCCCCUGGAUUUGGUGUUCGUGAUUGACAGCUCGCGCAGCGUGCGCCCCUUUGAGUUCGAGACCAUGCGGCAGUUCCUGGUGGGACUCCUCCGCGGCCUGGACGUGGGGCCCAAUGCCACGCGCGUUGGUGUGAUCCAGUACUCGAGUCAAGUGCAGAGCGUCUUCCCUCUCGGCGCGUUCGCUCGCCGCGAGGAUAUGGAGCACGCCAUCCGCGCGCUGGUGCCGCUAGCUCAGGGCACCAUGACCGGGCUGGCAAUCCAGUACGCCAUGAACGUGGCCUUCAGUGUGGCCGAGGGCGCACGCCCCCCGGAGGCGCGCGUGCCGCGCAUCGCUGUCAUCGUGACCGACGGGCGGCCCCAGGAUCGCGUGGCUGAGGUGGCGGCGCAGGCGCGCGCCCGCGGCAUCGAGAUCUACGCAGUGGGGGUGCAGCGCGCCGACGUGGGCUCCCUGAGGGCCAUGGCGUCUCCCCCGCUGGACGAACACGUCUUCCUCGUUGAGUCCUUCGAUCUUAUCCAGGAGUUUGGCCUGCAGUUCCAGGGCCGGCUGUGUGGAAAGGACCUGUGUGCUGAGGGGGGACACGGCUGCCAGCACCAAUGUGUCAGCGCCCCGGGCACGUUCCACUGUGCCUGCAACCCUGGCUACCAGCUAGCUGCAGAUAACAAGAGCUGUUUGGCCAUUGACCUGUGCGCUGAAGGGACCCAUGGCUGUGAGCACCACUGCAUCAGCUCUCCAGGCUCCUAUUUUUGUCGCUGCCAAGCUGGCUUUGUACUCCAGCAGGACCAGAGAAGCUGCAGGGCCAUUGACCACUGCAGCUUUGGGAACCACAGCUGCCAGCAUGAGUGUGUUAGCACCUUCGCUGGGCCACGGUGCUACUGCAGAGAGGGCCACGACUUGCUGCCCGAUGGGAGGAGCUGUCAGGCCCGGGACCUUUGCAAUGGUGUAGACCAUGGAUGUGAGUUCCAGUGUGUGAGUGAGGGCCACUCUUACCGCUGCCUGUGCCCCGAGGGCCAGCAACUCCAGGCAGAUGGCAAGAGCUGCAACCGGUGCCGGGAAGGCCACGUGGACCUGGUUCUGCUCGUCGAUGGCUCCAAGAGCGUGCGCCCGCAGAAUUUCGAGCUGGUGAAACGCUUUGUGAACCAGAUCGUGGACUUCCUGGACGUGUCCCCCGAGGGCACGCGCGUGGGGUUGGUGCAGUUCUCGAGCCGCGUGCGCACCGAGUUUCCGCUGGGCCGCUAUGGCACCGCGGCUGAGGUCAAGCAGGCGGUCCUGGCCGUGGAAUACAUGGAGCGCGGUACCAUGACAGGGCUGGCACUGCGCCACAUGGUGGAGCACAGCUUCUCCGAGGCGCAGGGUGCACGGCCCCGCGCCCUCAACGUGCCUCGCGUGGGCCUGGUCUUCACCGACGGCCGCUCCCAGGAUGACAUCUCGGUGUGGGCCGCGCGCGCCAAGGAGGAAGGCAUCGUCAUGUACGCCGUGGGCGUGGGCAAGGCGGUGGAAGAGGAGCUGCGCCAGAUCGCCUCUGAGCCAGCGGAGCUGCAUGUGUCCUACUCCCCUGACUUUGGCACCAUGACACACCUACUGGACAACCUCAGAGGCAGCAUCUGCCCGGAGGAGGGCAUCGGCGCGGGUACAGAGCUUCGGAGCCCGUGCGAGUGCGAAAGCCUCGUGGAGUUCCAGGGCCGCACGCUGGGGGCGCUCGAGACGCUGACGCAGAACCUGGCCCAGCUGACGGCGCGCCUGGAGGAUCUGGAGAACCAGCUGGCCACCCAGAAGUGAGGGCCGCCGGUGGCCGGGAGCCGGGCAGGGACGCGGCCCCGCCGACUGUGCCCUCGGUGCGCUGUCGGGGCGCCGGGGCCGGGCAGCACCGGGGCCCCCGAGGACUUGGGCUGUCGGGAGGGGGCGCUGCCGGGUUCCCAGCGCUGCGCUCCUGCUGGCCUCGCCUGGACCAGAAGCCGGACUGCGGGGGACCGAGGGGAGCGCUAGGUCCGCACGCCCUCGCUGCGUGCUGCGCUCAGUUCGUUGUUGGAUUUCCUUUUUGUUUUCUUUAAAAAAAAUUUUUUUUUUUAAAUUUUUUUUCGUUUCCACGGGGUCGGUUUGUGGGUCUUGCUGUGCCGCCAGGGGGAUGGGGAGGCCAGACGGAGCGUGCUCCGGCGGCGCCCGGGCGGCGGCUCGUCGGAGAAAGGCGCUUUGUGCGGGGGUCGGGCUGGGGGGCAGCGGGCCGGGCUGGGGGGUAGGGGGCCCGGCGCUGCUUUCCCGCCUUGUUUAUUCAACCGCGAACAGACGGCCUCUUAUGCGGGCAGCGGGAAGGGAGGGGGCUUAGCGCGAGCCCUCGGGGUUUGAGCAAGACUGCACCCCUCCAUCCCCCGUGGGACCGAGCGCUUCGCUCUCUGGCCGUGCCUAUCUGGUGGUGCCCCCAUAUCGGGCUGAAAAGCUGCUAGAACUGGAUCGGGGAGUCUGUGAGGAAGCGAGAGUCAGUCAUUGAACCCCUUGACUGGGGGGGGGGGCGGUUGCGGAUAGGUGAGUGUCGCUUGGAUUUUAUCUCCCUCCACUACGAAGGAAGAGGAGGAGGUCAUCAGCCAGGACUUCGGUCAGAGCUGCCGCUGAGGCUGUGACCCACCCUCUUCACCCCUCCACCCCGCAAAAGAAAAACAAAAGCCAAUCCUCUAUCAGGAAAGAGCACAAAGCUUGCCAUUUCCCAAAUGCAUGUAAGAAAUUGCUAAAAUUAAAAUACUCCAGUCCUCCA